UUAUCUCAAUGCACUUGAGUGUUCUUGAUGUUCAGGUGGUUCAUGGGAGUUUCAAUUUUGUGGUUGUGGAACUCCCAAUGCACUAAUGUGGUGUUCUCAAUUGGUUUAGUAUGAAACUAUGUGUUUACAAAUGCAGAAUAUGGGUUUAAGGACAGUACUACAAGAGUGUAUGACUGAGGCUAAAUAUCUAUAUUCAAGUGCCAUGCCAUUGAUGCACCAAAUAUAAAACCAAAACCUGCACCAAAUUCGUACCAAAACCUUCAAAAGCGAAAAUCUUGCUUCUCAACUACUCUUCUCAAACCCUUAUAUCUCAUAUAAGAUAUAUGUUGGCACCAAAUUCUCCUUCUGCUUGUUAUAAUACCUUUUCAUGCAACCAUGGCACUGUAUAUAUAUACAAAGCAGUCAUACUAUGCUUCACCACCAACAGUUCUAGCAAACAAUUAAUUCUCACAGAAUCAGAAGAGACAUGGGGAGUGGAGAGACUGCACAAGUUUUUUCAACAAAGAAGGCCAACCCUGGCAAAGCUACAAUUCUGGCUCUAGGCAAGGCCUUCCCUCACCAGCUUGUCAUGCAGGAGUUUCUUGUUGAUGGGUAUUUCAAGAACACCAACUGCGACGAUCCGGAGCUCAAGGAGAAGCUGACUCGCCUCUGUAAGACAACAACUGUUAAAACAAGGUAUGUGGUAAUGUCAGAAGAGAUCCUAAAAAAGUACCCGGAGCUCGCGGUUGAAGGACUCCCUACUGUGAAGCAGAGACUAGAUAUUUGCAACAAUGCAGUAACACAGAUGGCUAUUGAAGCUUCUCAAGCAUGUAUCAAGAAUUGGGGCAGAUCUUUAUCUGAUAUAACACAUAUAGUCUAUGUAUCCUCGAGUGAAGUCCGGCUUCCAGGCGGAGACCUUUACCUGGCAAGAGGACUCGGAAUCAGCCCCGAGACUCAACGCGUCAUGCUCUACUUUUCAGGCUGCUCGGGGGGCGUAGCAGGCAUUCGUGUUGCGAAGGAUAUCGCUGAGAACAAUCCGGGAAGCAGAGUUCUGCUAGCUACUUCUGAGACUACCAUUAUAGGGUUCAAACCACCAAGUGCUGAUAGACCAUAUGAUUUAGUUGGUGUUGCCCUAUUUGGGGAUGGUGCUGGAGCAAUGAUCAUAGGCACAGACCCUGUUCAAGGCACCGAGAGGCCUCUUUUCGAGCUUCAUACAGCAAUCCAGAAUUUCUUGCCAAAUACUGAAAAGACUAUUGAUGGCAAGCUCACUGAAGAGGGAAUUAGCUUCAAGCUAGCAAGGGAGCUUCCUCAGAUAAUUGAAGAUCACAUUGAGGGGUUCUGUGAUAAGUUGAUGAGAGUUAUUGGAUUAACUGACAAAGAGUAUAACAAGAUGUUUUGGGCAGUACAUCCUGGCGGCCCUGCAAUCCUAAAUCGGAUGGAAAAACGACUAGAUUUAUUGCCGGAGAAACUCAACGCCAGCCGACGAGCUCUAAUGGACUAUGGCAAUGCUAGCAGUAACACCAUUGUGUAUGUAUUGGAGUACAUGAUAGAGGAGGAGGGCUUAAAGAUCAAGGGAAAUCAGGAAGAUAGUGAAUGGGGAUUGAUUCUGGCUUUUGGACCUGGAAUUACCUUUGAGGGAAUUCUAGCAAGGAACCUCACUGUCUGAGAAUAAUAAGAUGUCACUGUCAUUAAUGGACAAGAAUUAUAGAUACAUCUUGUCCAAACAUGCCUGUCCUUCAUGUAAUUUUGAUCACCACUUCCAGUUCCCCAAUCUAUGUCUGGAAGUCUUCCUAAGUUCUCCAUUGUUUCUUUUUCUUUCUCCAAUAGUUCCUCAAGCAGUAGACAUCUGACUGAUAGUAUGAAACGAAUAACUGAUGGCUAACAGCAAACAAACAAAUGUUAAGCCAUGAAUGAGUCAUCAUGUCGGUUUAAUAG